GAAAACAUUGACAGCAAGGAAGAGGGAGCAAGCCAGCUGAGCAAGCGGCUUUCUGACUGUUGUCCUUUUUUUUAUACACAUUUAUUUGAAUAAAAAGUUCAAUUUCUUAAAGAUGUCCGAGGAGCUGCGGGCAGAACUGGAGAAACGUUUGGAAUCUUUAAACAUCCAGACGACCUGCGUGGAUCACCCGCCGGUUUUCACAGUGGAAGCGAUGAUGCCUCACCUCCAGGACGUGAGCGGCGCCGUCUCCAAGAACCUUUUCCUCAAAGAUAAGAAGAAGAAAACUUUGUGGUUGGUGUCGACGCGUCACGACCGACAGGUGAACCUGAAUGAGCUGGCCAAGAAGCUGUCGGUGGGCAGCGGGAACCUUCGCUUUGCAGACGAGGCCACCAUGCUGGACAAACUUAAGGUGGGUCAGGGAUGCGCCACGGCUCUGGCUCUGCUCUUCGACAAGGACUGUAGCGUCACCUUGGUCUUGGACCGAGACCUGCUGGAAGGGGGCCACAACAUGGUCUAUUUUCACCCCAUGACUAACAGCGCCACAAUGGGGAUUAGGCCCCAAGACCUGCUGCGCUUCCUCAAGGACACCGGACACGAACCCGUCCUGGAGGACUUUGAGUAAACGAGAAGAACUGCAAGAAGAUUCUGAUUUUGAAUGGGAGAAGCAUACAAGCAACACAUAAAUCAAGCAGCGAAGUGAGCAGUAGCCGACAGUGUAGCACAAGAUGAAGAAGCACAGCUAGUGUAUCGUCAU